AAAACGUUUGCAUAAAUUGGCAGGCAGAGGAGUUGUGGGGAGUAACAGAAGUUCACGUGGGACAGGUGGCGCAGGAAAAAACAAUAAGGGUCGAACUCUAAUUAGACGACGAUCUGGUAGCAGUUACUUUGUGUGUUUAAGCAGCUAAGCUGAGCUGUGUGUGUGUGAAGAUGAGGCUGAACGGAGUGCUCGUGUGCGUGUUCCUGCUUUGGGUUGAAGGGUCUGUGGGUGACACACCGGCCAACUGCACGUUUGAGGACCUGCAGGGGACAUGGGUGUUUCAGGUGUCCAAAGGAGGCCGCGACAAGUCCAUCAACUGCUCCGCUGAAGCUACAGGUGAGAGCUCGCUGACCGUGACCCUGGAGAAGCUGUCUGUAGCCACAGAUGAGCUGGGCAACACCGGCUUCUUCACCCUCAUCUACAACCAGGGCUUUGAGGUGGUCAUUAAUGGGUACAAGUUGUUCGCCUUCUUCAAGUACACCGAUGAUGGCCGUAAGGUGACCAGCCUCUGUGACCAGACCCUGCCAGGGUGGGUCCAUGAUGUCCUGGGACGCAACUGGGCCUGUUUCGUGGGGAAGAAAGUGAAAUCGGUACCACCCCGAAUAGAUUACAAACCAUUCUUCAACAGCAGGCUGCUCCACCAGCUGUACAGACACAACAUGGACUUCAUUGAGACCAUCAACUCUGUUCAGAAGUCCUGGAAGGCUUCUCCCUACCCAGAGCACGAGACAUACACUCUGCAGGAGCUGCACUACCGAUCAGGAGGCCCCGCCUCCCACAUCCCUGUGCGUGUUCGCCCAAUGCCUGUGAAGGCUUACGACGUCAAGGUGGCGUCUGCGCUACCUGAGCACUGGGAUUGGAGGAACAUUGACGGCGUUAACUUCGUCAGCCCUGUGCGAAACCAAGCGUCGUGUGGAAGCUGCUACUCCUUUGCCUCUAUGGGAAUGUUGGAAGCUCGGGUUCGAAUCCUCACCAACAACAGCGAGACUCCCAUCCUCAGCCCCCAACAAGUGGUCUCCUGUUCUGAAUACUCUCAAGGUUGCGAUGGUGGCUUCCCUUACCUGAUUGGGAAGUAUGUACAGGAUUUCGGCAUUGUGGACGAGUCGUGCUUUCCGUACACCGCUAAGGACUCUCCGUGCGGCGUUCCUCAAAACUGCGGCCGCAUGUACGCCGCGGAAUACAGCUAUGUCGGUGGAUUUUAUGGCGGCUGCAGUGAGAAUGCCAUGAUGUUGGAACUGGUCAAGAAUGGACCAAUGGGAGUGGCCUUUGAGGUCUACCCCGACUUUAUGCACUAUAAGGAGGGCAUCUACCACCAUACAGGCCUCGCAGACCCCUUCAAUCCCUUCGAGCUGACCAACCAUGCCGUGCUGUUGGUGGGCUACGGCCGCUGCCACAAGACCGGACAGAAGUACUGGAUUGUCAAGAACAGCUGGAGCGCAGGCUGGGGCGAGGACGGCUAUUUCCGAAUCCGCCGGGGCAGCGACGAGUGUGCCAUCGAGAGCAUCGCCGUCACAGCCAACCCCAUCCCCAAACUGUAGAGGCUGUAAACCGAGGAGGAGAGGAAUGGGUUGCUCUUUUGAUGACAUACAUUCAGCAUGUCGGCCUACAAUGUUGCUUACAUUUUGAACUGUUUCUGGAUUUCAACAAUCACUGAUUAGCUGCCUAUGAAUGAUUUGAAUUCACGCUGUAGCUGCCGACUCAAAUUCUGGAUCAAAAUGCAUCCGUACAGAAUGUGACGAGUCUGUUUGUGUGCCGGGGGCAGGGCCUUGGUUCUUUGUCUCAGGGUAGCAACAGCGGAGAGUUGUAAUAUAUUCUGUCCUUGCAUCAAAUUGAAACCGUGACUGCCAUGUUUUUCUGUGAAGCACUUUGUAUGAAGCUCCCUGUGGAGCUUUUAAAGGGAAUUCUUAAUCAAUAAAGGGAUGAAACUCAC